GUUGCCGUGACAGUUGGUUUUCUUUCCCUCACAUCCGUCGUCAUCUACCUGACGACGUGGUCGCCUGCCAUGAAAAGUAUCCACCAGCUCCCCCCACCCCCACCCCAGACGGUGCCUGACAGGGCUAAACUUCUGUUAAGGGCCGUACACAAACUUCCCUUUCAUAGAAUGACUCCCUCCAAACUCUUGCUAGAGGACCUCUAUUUUCUACCCAGCUCGCACAACUUUCAGUAUUACAACAACAGCGUUCUGGUCGAGCCUAAUGCGUGCAGCAUCCCCAAUGGAUUGGUCAUCUUCGUACCUUCACACCCGAGGUCGGGGCGCCAGAGAAUGGCUAUCCGCGAAACUUGGGGGUCGAUGGCUAGGGGGAAAUCCUGGCCUCACCUUGACCCAAUUUAUAAUAUCCAGUUGAUCUUUGUCCUCGGUCAGGCGGGCAACGUCACUCAUCAUAAUACGUCAGAGGACCAACAGGAGCAGACGCCGACUGCUAUACCGAACUUUCUAUCCAAUUCAACCGAGUUGUACAACGGAUCGACCGAGGCUGAUAACAAUGUAGUUUCUACAACAGAAGAGCCGACUUUGGACGAGUUACUUGAAUGGGAGGAAAGCUUGACACGAGAGACCGACUCCUUUCACGACAUUCUGCAGUUCCAACUCCUCGACUCCUACGCCAACCUCACACGUAAGCUCAUCCUGGCAUUCAAUUGGCUUCUUCAUUCCACAUGCAAGUGCAGCUACGUUCUCAAAGUCGAUCAAGACGUCUUCGUCAACAUUCCAAUGCUUAUCACUUUCCUCGAACAAUCGGGAAAACCCAACUCUAUUUAUGGACAUAUUUAUGCCAACUCUUGGGUAGAAAGAAAAGGCAAAUGGGCUGUGUCUAAAAUUGACCUUCCCAUAGACAAAUAUCCAAUAUACGCCGCUGGAAAUGCUUAUGUUUUAUCAAUUGAUGCGGUAGAUAAAAUAGUAAAGUUGUCUCCACAUUUUCCAUACAUUCCAGUAGAGGACGCGUUUCUCACGGGAAUACUAGCCUCAGUUGCCGGAGUUGAUCGAAUCAUGACGGGGGGUUUCACAAAAUGGAGCGAGAGUACGCCCCACGCAUGCGAGUUUGUCAACUACAAAAGAUACGUCGGGAACAACAUGACUGAAUUUAUGCACAGAGCUAUUUGGCGGGAACUGGUUGAUGUCGAUAGUGGUAGGUGUAAGACAUGAUAGGUGGCAGGCGCCGGUGUUAUCUGUUGAGUGUCACAGAGAUUUAUUGCCAUCUAAAGGCCAGAAACAAGUAGUUUUCUGAGUGGGCGAUUGAUUUAUGCUCAGACAGUACAGUAUAUCAAGUCUAUUA